ACGUAGUGAGCGGCGCAUAGGGCGGGGGCAGUUGUGUUGGUUUCUUCUGCGACGCGCUGUGUGGAGCUGUAACUGCUUUCUCGUAUCUACACUGUCGACUAUCAUUAAAGACCACAGGAAUACAAGACCAAGUGUUACGUUGUCCAACCGUUCGUGCUGCGUUUUUCUUGUCGAUAAACAUCUCGAGUGAAAAUGGGGAGCUGCCUCACGGUCGGACCAAAUGAAGCCCUGGUCGUGUCUGGUGGGUGCUGUGGAUCGGACCAAAAGACCUACAUGGUGGGCGGCUGGGCGUGGGCGUGGUGCCUCAUCUCCAACACACAGAGGAUAACCCUGGAGAUCAUGACCCUUCAGCCCAGGUGUGAGGAUGUAGAGACGGCAGAGGGCGUGGCCAUCACUGUCACAGGCGUGGCUCAGGUGAAAAUCAUGACAGACCAUGACCUGCUGGCUAUUGCCUGUGAACAGUUCCUGAGUAAAACGGUGACUGAGAUCAAAGCUGUGGUGCUGCAAACCUUGGAGGGACAUCUUCGCUCCAUCCUUGGCACCCUGACGGUGGAGCAGAUUUACCAGGACCGAGACCAGUUUGCUAAGCUGGUGAGAGAGGUGGCCUCCCCCGACGUGGGACGCAUGGGCAUCGAGAUCCUCAGCUUCACCAUCAAGGAUGUGUACGAUAAAGUAGACUACCUGAGCUCCCUGGGAAAGACUCAGACGGCGGCUGUCCAGAGAGAUGCUGAUAUCGGUGUGGCUGAGGCUGAAAGGGAUGCUGGUAUCCGGGAAGCCGAGUGCAAGAGGGAGAUGAUGGACAUCAAGUUCCAGGCUGACACCAAGAUGGCCGACUCCAAGCGAGAGCUGGAGCUGCGGAAGGCCUCCUUCAACCAGGAAGUCAACACCAAGAAAGCAGAGGCCCAGCUGGCCUACGAGCUGCAGGGGGCGAAGGAGCAGCAGAAGAUCCGGCUGGAGGAGAUCGAGAUCGAGGUGGUGCAGAGGAAGAAGCAGAUCACCAUCGAGGAGAAGGAGAUCGACCGCAUGGAGAAGGAGCUCAUCGCCACCGUCAAGAGACCCGCCGAGGCCGAGGCCUACAAGAUCCAGCAGCUGGCCGAGGGACAGAAGAUGAAGAGGGUGCUGACAGCGCAGGCAGAGGCUGAGAAGAUCCGGAAGAUCGGAGAGGCAGAGGCAGGCUCCAUCGAGGCGAUCGGAAGGGCCGAGGCUGAGAAGAUGAGGCUGAAGGCCGCCGCCUACCUGCAGUACGGAGAGGCUGCCCAGACCGCCCUAGUUCUGGAGGCCCUGCCCAAGAUCGCAGCAAAGGUGGCCGCUCCUCUGGCCAGAACCAAUGAGAUCAUCAUUAUGACUGGCGAUGGGAGUCGCGUGACUAGCGAGGUCACCCGCCUGUUGGCCGAGCUUCCGGUCACCGUCAACGCUCUCACUGGCGUGGACCUCUCCAAGAUGCCAUUGUUGCAGAAGAUGACCAACGCUCAAGCCUAAACACAAGUGACGCCACAUCAGUCCAACAUCAGUUGUAUGCACGCUCAUAGACUGCCUUUUAAUACACUUGAGGAAUUCACUUGUUUUUAUAUACAUAUAUAUAUAUAUAAUACACAUAUAUAAAUAUGUAUAUAUAUCAAACAAGUGGGUUUUGAGAAGACCUCUGGUGCCUUACUUUCUACAGGACCAGAAAAUCAGCAUGUACUGCUGCUCCUUUUUUUAAACGUUUUAUUUAUCAUCCUUUACAUUUUUUUGUGUUUAUAGUUUCUUGAGUUGUGCAUUACGCUAAAGUGACAUCGUUUUUUAAAUGCUUGAUAAUUGGAGUAGGUCCUGUUACCCAGCCCCUUACCUUCAAACCCUUUUUUAUUGUUUGAAAUUGAUCCGUAGGUCAACAUCACCAUGGUAACAAGACUCCUUCUCUUGUUGUUAUCUGCCCUGGUCUUUUGAUUCAUACUCACAUGUCUCUCUCUCUCUCUCUCUUUCUCUAUAUUGGCUAAAAGUGAACCUCACUUUCCCCUCCUCAACUACCUUACUAACACUAGAUUGUGUGUCUACAAUCGCCAUGGUUCACCCUGAUGUUUUUGAAGCUUUGAUCUCUAAACUCUUAUUCAGGUUAUUUUAUUUAUGUAUGUGCAUACAUUUCGAAUUAAUGCAAGAGGUGCUCAAAAUUCUUUUUUGAGGAAAAAAAACUCUAACUGUACAAAUGUCUGGCGUGGGGAACACAUCACUUGCCAGAGAUUUGUACCAAAUGUUAGUUUUACUAAUUUGUAUCACAAGGACUUAUGUUAGUCCUAGAAAAAUUACACUUCAUAUUCCUCUUUGGAAAUCAAACUGAAAGGAAUACAUAAUUUGUGUCAGCGCUAUGUUGUGGUAAAGUCUUCUUAUAUAGAUAUUGAGUAUAUGUUUUGUAAAAUCGAAGUAAAUUGGUCCCAUGUGAGGAACGUAUCGGUAACGGGGUGUUUAAAGGAGGGAAUGAGGUGUCAGCUUGGUUCUCCUGGGAUGUUUAUUCCAGCGUGUGGAUUGUAGGGACAGUGAACGCUGCGCUUGAUGUGAAUUGAUUGGUUUUGAGUAAGUGGCAAAAUGGCUAUGUUUGGUUCUUUAAUUAUUAUCAAGCGAAUAACUAGGUAAUAGCAGAAGACUGGUGACAUAAUACUGUUCUAUUCAUAAAUUCUUCUAUUCAUAAAAUAGAGUCCAAGCCAUGUUUCUACAGUUACUUGGUCUGCCUCAUGCUUUUAUACUUGUGCCAGAGAUAUAUAUAUACGUAUACUUACUUACUGUUCAAAUACAUGCUGGUCAAUAUUAUCCUAUUAUAUUCAAUACUUUCACGUUUCUAUGCUGUUCGGACUAGUAAAACUAACCCACUCUAUCAGCCGGCUUCAUUUGUAUGAAACAAAAACAUUGAAGGCCGUUGACGUUUAGGGACUGACUUCUGCAAGCUGUUCUGUUUAAGUCGUUUGUGUGGUGUUGCUUCCCGUUAACCUUCACUCUGUAAUUAAUGCAUGGACACCCUUCCACUGAUUGGUCACGUGACUUGUGUCUCCAGAUCCUUAUAGGUUUCACAGCUGCUAUGGCUGUGUCCAUUGAGCUCAAAGGCAACGUUAGGACGUUUUCAGGUCAUGAGCCAUACCGGAUGGACUCCCAAUCACAAAGCUUGUACUGUUUAUUUCGUGAUUAUCUUCCCCUGUUGCUCUCUUAACGACAAUCAGGAAGAAUCCCCGAUGGGCCCAACCUAAGUUCUUGGGGUGAUCCAUCAAUAACUUGGGGCCUCACACCAAACGCAUCCAGUUGAUCUCUUAAGGCUGUAGUUGUAAGUUCUCAGAUCCAUUUAACAGGCAUAUGUGUGGGUGGGUUUGGUAUUGGAAGUAAUCCUUCAGCCUCUCAGGAAGCCACAAUAGUAUGCCCCGAGACAUGCUUUACCCCCGUUAAAACAACUUACUAGUACUCACUCUGACACGGCCAAACGUAGAGUAUUUUACGUUACUUUUAAACUCUUGUUCUUGGAUACAGCAUGAGUAUGAGCCAAGGUGGAAUGACAGUGAGAUUUUCAGUGUCAAAUUAUUUCUGUCCACUCCUUUCAACUAUAGGGGUACUCCAAAAAUACUGUGAUGUUAUUUGUUAAUGAUCGAUUUAUUGGAUAUCCUACCUAACACCUCUAGAUCUAAUGUAUAGCUUUGAUUCAAAACGUUUUUUAGAAGACACUGUGUGAAAAUCUUUGUCCAAUGGCUUAUUGUUAUUAGCUUGUUAUAAAUUCACAUAUCUCAAAUGACCAUACGAGAUUGUGCAUGCCAUCCUUGUGCUUAAUUUGACCGUUUUUGACAAUUCAUUAUUCUGUCACUCAAAUAAAACCUUAAUCUAAAAGUC